GGAGGGAGGGAGGAGCAGAGAAGUCACUUCCUAAAACGACAUUCCCCUGCCCUCCUGCUUGGGGCUCGUUGUGUUGUUUGAAACUUUAUGAGUUAGUCCAGUGCAGUGACUGUAGUUGGGAUUUAAAAAGGACGUGAAAGCCUCUUAGUGAUCUUUCUCACAGCGUCCCCGGUCAGAUCUGUUACUUUCACUUUGUUGACAGCUGAGGAGCGGACUCACCUCACAACAAGUUGUAGAUUUCCUGGAUGGAAACGGAGGGGCUGCUGACCGGGACUGUGAACACAGCCUCCGGGGACUAUGGCUCCAAGUCGGGUUCGGAGUGCGGAGGGGGCCCGGGCAGCAGGCGGAUGUCGUACUCAGUCUCCGGACAGUCGUGCAGGGUGGAGGGGGCCACAGAUGAUGAAGACCUCUACAUCCAACAAGCUGUUGUGUUCAUUGAGGACGCCAUACAGUAUCGCUCCAUCAACCAUCGGGUGGAUGCCAGCUCGCUGCAGUUGUAUCGAUGGUACUACUCUCGGAUAUGUCAAUGGGGUUUGGGCCUGACCAUUGCAGUGGUGUUGUUGCUUGCAUUCGUGGAGCGCCCGUCCUCCCUGUCCAUCUCCUCUGACCCGCGCUACCGCUCCCAACCUUGGGAGCCUCCCUGCGGCUUCACCGAGAGCUUCGAGUUGGUCUGCCUCAUCGUUUUUACUCUCGAUCUUGCUGUCAAGAGCUACCUGAUUGGCUGGGAUGAAUUCAGAAAGAGCAAAUGGCUGAUCGGUUACACAGCAGUCAUAACUGUGUCAGUCAUCGACUGGGUGCUGUCUGUCAGCAUGGUGUGUGACGAGAAACUGAGAGUACGACGGCUCCUCCGGCCGUUCUUCCUCCUGCAAAACUCGUCCCUGAUGAAGAAGACGCUGAAGUGCAUCAAGAGGACUCUGCCAGAGAUCGCCAGCGUCAUCCUGCUCCUGGCGCUCCAUCUCUGCCUCUUCACCAUGAUCGGCAUGCUGCUCUUUGCUAAAACUGAGGAUCCAAAGAAGAACGGGGAAUGGGAGUUACAUUUCAGAGAUCUGCCGGCGUCUCUCACGUCCCUGCUGGUGCUUCUCACCACAGCCAACAACCCUGACGUGAUGAUCCCUGCCUACUCCCUCAACAGACUCUACUCCAUUUUCUUUGUCACCUUCAGCGUCAUCGGAACCUACUGUCUCAUGAACCUACUGACAGCCAUCAUCUAUAACCAGUUCAGGGGAUAUUUACUGCUGUCAGUCCAGACGUCCAUCAUCAGGAGACGACUGGGGAUCCGAGCUGCUUUCCAAGUCCUCAGCUGUCAAGGAGUGCAACAAGCUGCUGUGGAGUGUGUGCGUGUUGAUGCAGUGCUGCAGGUGAUGUCAAGGGUCCAGAUGAAAAGCUACUACAGAGCAGCCGUCACUACAGAGGCGCAGCAGUGUGCAGACGUGGGCUACAUGGACCGAGAGCAGUUCAGGAAGAUUUUUGACGAGCUGGACAAAGAUCGCAUAGAAGAGCACCCUCCCUUGCCCCAGUAUGACUCCCCAAUCCUGCAGAGACUUCAGGUGGUCUUCAGUCAUUACUAUCUCACUAUACUGGGCAACGCAAUGGCACUGGCCAACGUCAUGAGCAUUUGUACUAUUCUGGUGUUGAACUCUGAAAAGACCACUGCAGAGAGAGACAACUACAUCAUGGAGAGCAUCAACCUGUGCUUCAUCCUCUACUACCUCUUUGAAAUGUGUGUGAAGAUCUUCGCCUUUGGCUGGAGAGGUUACCUGUCCUACAAGAACAACGUCUUUGACGGCCUCCUCACCAUCAUACUACUGAUCCUACAGAUCACUAUAUAUUUGACCUUCAGGAUUCCUUAUUCUCACUGGAAUCCGUCCUCUCAAAGCGUGAUGUCUCUGUGGGAGAUGAUUCGUUUGGUCAACAUGCUGAUUGUCUUUCGCUUCCUGCGCAUCAUUCCAGAUAUCAAGCUGAUGGCUUUGGUUGCGAGCACAAUGUUGGACCUGCUGAAGAACCUCCGCGCCUUCGGAGGGAUAUUGGUGGUGGUGUACUAUGUGUUUGCUGUGUUUGGGAUCUGGCUGUUUGAAAGAGCCAUCAAACCUCCUCCUCAGAUGAGUGUCUUCACCAACGACACCAUGGAGAACAUCACCUCAAACUUCAGCAUGGCGUGUGGCACCUAUGAACAGCUGGAGUACUGGCCCAAUAACUUUGAUGACUUCGGGGCGACCAUCCUUUUGCUCUAUAACGUCAUGGUGGUCAACAACUGGCAGGCCUUCAUGGACGCAUACAGCAGAUACACCACAGACUGGUCCAAGAUCUACUUUGUGUGUUGGUGGCUCACCUCCUCGGUCAUGUGGGUCAACUUGUUUGUGGCGCUCAUCUUGGAGAACUUCAUCUACAAGUGGGAUCGCAGUCACAGCUGCUCUGUUACAGAUGUGGAGAAGAUCAGAUAUCAAACAUCUGUUCAGCUCAUGUUCAGAGAGCAGAUCCAGGAGCCAACAGAAGAAGAAUUACUUUGUCAACUACACCAACACCCACACUUACACCUGCACUGGUGACACACACACACACACACACACACACACACACACACA